UGACCACGGCUAAGUGGUGGUCUGCACACAUACUGAUUGAAGUUAAAAUAAUUAAAUUAAUUGGUGCUAAUAGUGAGUUUCAACAAAACUUUGUCUAUUACCACCAAAUUAUUGAACCUUUAAAUGGGUGUUGGUGGUCUUCCAGUUGAUGAUUGAGGUGAUAAAAGAAACCAAAAUGUAGUUCAUAGUAGCAACAAUCAUAAAAAUAGAAAUAGGAAAUGACAGAACCUGGACAAAUCAGAACUGUUACUACGCCUGUCAGAUUACAAAUGUGCUAUCUGGACAGCAAUUCAGCAAAAAUCGGUGAGUUUUCGUUUGGUUCCUCUCUGCAAGAUGGCGCUCUCACUGUGCGCAGUCUACCAGAGCAAUACCCAGUUCCCAUCCAAUUCAUUAGUCUGCGGCUGGCGUAAUGAAGGGACUGCGGCUUAUGGAAAAGAGUGCGGCGGGAACUCUGCAUGCAAUACGAUUUAACUCACCUAGCCUCCACGGAGGAAAGUGACUUAGGUGAUAAAAGUAAUCUUACAGUGAGUUGCAGUGGAUAUCUGUGCCAAAUGUUUGAUGCACGGACAAGGAUGGUAAUGUUUUAAAUAAUAGCAUCACGUUGACGAGGGACCGAUCGAGUGAGCUGUGUCUACACUUGAAGGGACCGCACCACAAGCAACCUAAUGGACGAGUGGCGAGCAAGGAAAACACAAUUGUUUAUGUCGUCUGAGAGAGAAGUGAAUGACUGCGGUAAAUUCCUAACAGAGAGGAGUGGAAAUGUUUUCCGACAUCUGUUUCUUAAUCGGAUGCAUCUGAUGCAAGAGAAAGAGGGGUAGCAGGACAGAGUGGCGCGUUUCACUGAGCAUCAAGGAGAAAAUGCUGCAUUUAAGUCCUCUGCUUUUUUUUCAGUAGCCGAACAGAUUCCUUUUUCUAUUCUAAAUUUCUUCUCACCGCAUUUCAUCUCAAGCCUUACGAGGAAAAUGACAGCGUCUGUGUUAAUGGCAGUCAUGUCCUCCGCUUUUUUCAACCCGAGCUUUGCCUUCAGUUCACAUUUUGACUCAGGUGGCGCCCCCCUGAGUGAGCUUUCAUGGCCAUCCUCUCUGGCCGUGGUGGCCGUCUCCUUCUCCGGCCUCUUCACCUUCGUCUUCCUCAUGCUGGCCUGCCUGUGCUGCAAGAAGGGAGACAUCAACUUCAAGGAGCUUGAGAACACUGAGGGGGAGGAGUCCCGGGCCGACGCACUGGCCUCCCCCGGCUCCCAGAACGGAACCGAGGUCUACAUCCUGCCGCUCACCGAGGUCUCGCUCCCUGUGUCCAAGCAGCCAGGACGAUCAAUUCAAUUUCUGAAAUCGUCGGACCUUGGACGUCACAGCCUCCUGUAUCUGAAGGAGAUUGGUCAUGGCUGGUUUGGCAAGGUUCUGCUGGGGGAGGUGAAUGCUGGACUCAGCGCCACCCAGGUGGUGGUGAAGGAGCUGAAGGCCAGUGGCAGUGUGCAGGACCAGAUGCAGUUCCUGGAGGAGGCCCAGCCUUACCGCACCCUGCAGCAUCCGGCCCUGCUGCAGUGUCUCGCUCAGUGCUCAGAGGUCACCCCUUAUCUGCUGGUUAUGGAGUUCUGCCCCCUGGGGGACGUGAAGGGGUACCUGCGCAGCUGUCGGGCGUCGGACGCCGUGACCCCUGACCCGUUGAUCCUCCAGCGAAUGGCAUGUGAGAUCGCCUCAGGCCUUCUGCACCUCCACAAACAUAACUUCAUUCACAGUGACCUGGCCCUCAGGAACUGCCUCCUCACGUCUGAGAUGACGGUGAAGAUUGGAGACUAUGGCCUCUCUCACAGCCGCUACAGGGAUGACUACUUUGUGACAGCAGAUCAGAUCUGGGUGCCUCUGCGCUGGAUCGCCCCAGAGCUUAUAGACGAGGUCCACGGCAACCUGCUAGUGGUGGACCAAACCAAAGCAAGCAAUGUGUGGUCUCUGGGCGUGACAAUCUGGGAGUUGUUUGAGCUGGGUAACCAGCCGUACCGCCACUACUCUGACAGGCAGGUGCUAACGUACGCAGUCAAGGAGCAACAGCUGAAGCUGCCCAAGCCCCUUCUCAAAGUGCCCCUGGCUGAGCGCUGGUAUGAGGUGAUGCAGUUCUGCUGGCUCCAGCCAGAGCAGAGGCCUGUGGCAGAGGAGGUGCACCUGCUGCUAAGCUACCUCUGCGCCAAGGGCAUGAGCAAAGCCGAGGAGGACUUUGAGAAGCGAUGGAACUCCCUGCGACCCGGCCAGGGCGGCGGCAGCGGCAGCGCCUCUCCCGGGGCCUCGGCGGGGGACCUUGCCUCCUCCUCUGUGUCCUCCUCCUUCCCCCUACUGGAGCACUUCUCCGGGACGGACAGCUACAACGCCGAGGCCGGGGACGACAUCCUGACUGUCACCGAGACCAGCCAUGGGCUGAACUUCGAGUACAAGUGGCAGCAGGCCCGAGCUGAACAGCCCUACUGCUCCUCAUCGACAACGGGUACGCUGGGCCAGAGCAACCCCCAGUAUCAGGACAUCUACUACCCACUCGAAAAUGUUGCGGGGGGCAGCAAAGGACAGGGCCUCACCCUGGGGGUAUCUCCCUCGUACUACGAGUCGGAUCACUUAGGCGUGGUGCCCGUGCUGAGCGCUCACAGUCCGUCGGUGAGCAGUGAGUAUUACAUUCGCAUCGAGGAGCCGGCGGAGUGCAACAUCCACCUGGAGGACACCAACCUGGACUACAGCCCUGGGCUAGAUGCGAGCCACAGCACCUUCUCCAUGGGGCGCAGGGUGUGCUCGGCCGACCUCGAGCCAAACACCUACUGGUCUGCGUCCGACGGUCGUAAAACUAGUGCCUAUGAUUCCGACGCGAGCCCGGACAUUUCCCUCAGCAUGGAGCCUCUUCAGAGGCGAGUGUCGAGCGCCAGCAGCUCCGGAGACGUCGAGAGAUCCAGGCAGUACUUCUCCCCGAGUGAAAGGGGCACGUUUCACUGUGAAAAGUUGUCUCCAGACAACCAGGAGGUCCGGUACAGAAAUGACCACUACGUGGACGAGCAGGAGGACAGCUGGAGGCAAGCGAGCAGGGGCCAAAGGCUCACGGGGCAGGACACCCCUAUGGGCAUCUCCUUGUCUCUUAGCAGUCCCAGUCUCGGAUGCUGUGACCCAUACUUAGAGGCCAACCAGGCGUCAAGUGCAGAGAGGAGUGUGCCUAACGAGGGUUACUAUGACAUGACAGGGACACUCCAGAAGAGCCUGCCCAGGCCCCAAUAUGUGAGUAUCGAUGUUGAGACGGGCGAUGGGCUGCAUGUUGGAUCUGGUCCUGCAGACAUAGAGGAGGACGAUGACCUUUUCACUGAGGCUGAGGCCACAAACUGGACCUCGAACCGGUCUGCCAAUAAUAACAGUUUAAAUUUUGAUAGCAGACAAGCUGUAGGUUUUCAAGAUGUCUACCUUGACCUACACCAUACCACACCAUCUUCCGAAAAAGUAGCAGUCAAAGACAAUUCCAAUACCUCCAAACCCGUGUCCUACUUGGAAGCGACGGGGAGCGACAGCUCAUCCACCAGUAAGACGCUGACUACAGAUUUAUCUGGUGAAUGCGGGACAUACAUUCAUUUGUGCCAUAAGGGUGGACAGGAGACAGCAUCACCUGUCACCGCUCACCCGUCCAUAGACAAUUCCCAACUGACCGAGCAAAUUGCAUCUUCUGGAGAGAAAAAUGCUGUUUCUAAAAAAGCCUCAGACAAAAUCCCAAACCUGUCGGUGGAGGAGAGUACGCCUCAUAGUGGAGAAAGAGCUCAAAACCGUCCCACAGACUCACCCAAGUCACAGGCAGACAUGCUGCGACCCCCCGCUGCCUUCACAGACAUUCACACAGACAUCACACCAGAAGCAGAUCAUUCGGAAAAACAGAUGGGAAACAUGUGGGGUCUGAAUACCUGUAACACACGACUCACAACAGGCAGUAUUAGUAUUCUCUCUGGCAAGAAGGUGUCGCAUGCAGAGAUCCUGUCAGAGUGCAUCUCCGUCUCCGAGUGCAGUGGAGGAGGUGACAGCGGCGUGAACAUGGGCUGCUCCAGUAUCAGCCUGGUGGACUUAUACGACUGCAGCGACGACGACGGCACAGACGUCACCUCCGGGGUGUUUGCGGAUUCACCCUUGGAGUACGCCGAGGUGGGCGAUGUUAGCCUGGCCCAUAGACCUCUGCUGAGACCAGUUAAAGCGCCGCGUGCUGAGGAGACCAUUCACCUUGCCUCCAGCAACAGCCCUUGUGAGAGCUUCAGCCUCGAGGUCUACCACACCUCCAUCCAGCCCAAGUCGCUAGAUAGCGGCUACGACACGGAGAAUAACGAAUCUCCCGAAUUCAGCCCGAAGGAUCUGGAGGGGAAACCCAUUCUUAGUGUGAGCCUGGAGUCAGAUGAGCCCGACAUGGUUCUCCAGCUCGACUUGGAUGAGAGUAUCGAAGGAGUCCUCUUGCCCCCGUCAAGCAGCCUGAAUGAGAAAAAUCCUUACAGAGACUCUGCCUAUUUCUCUGACUACGACACUGAAAAUGACAGGAGCCCCAGUGAUGGGGUCAGCAGUUUCUUCAGCGCCCACGAAGACGAGGAUAUUGUCAGGCACCGAGCGGAGAAGGAAGAAUGUGACCCAGAGCGUGAAAGGCAGGAGGGCUACUGUUUUGCAUCUCUGAAGGACAGCGGCGACGUCUCCCAGCCCCUAUCCUCCGACGGGGAUGCCGGGGAGCCUGAUCCCAGCUCCUCUCCCUUCGCCGUCCCCGUGCUCAACGUACUGUCGCCCUUCCCUCCGCAGAUGGGAGGAUGCUUGACAAAGGAGUCCACUCCCGAUGAUGGGAUAGGUUUGGAGACGGAGCACUCGGCGGAGGAGGCGUCUUCGGACUGCUGCACAUCCACACCGAUGGAAGGGUCGUCCACUUCGCAGGAGGCCGCGACGCUGGUAGACAAAGCAAAUGAGGAUUACUCACAGACGGUGUCACUGGGCUCUGACUCCACCCUGGCGGACUUCAGGGAAGAGCUCACCCAAGACACGGAGAACAGGGAAGAGGGCAGAGAAGGAGAGGACGAGGGGGACGACACAGACGGAGAAGAGACGCCGAGUAACGGAGACGGUGUGUACGACUCCGUGUUGAUGGCAGAGCUCGCCUCCCCAGACCUGGGCCUGGACGGGGACAUCCGGGCCCCUCUGGGGGACGGCGAGGACGCAGACGAAGAGGACUCGGACGACACCGAGUCAGACGAGGAGCUGCGCAGCUACAAUAUCCACGAGCACGAGAGUGACGAGAGCGACGAGGACUUCACCGUAGUGCCGGUGGUGGUGAGCGAGCGUAGCAGCGCCCGGCACCUCCGCAGCCUGCUCAAGAUGCCCUCGCUGCUUACGCAGUCGUUCUGCGACGAGCUGGAGCGCAAGAAGAAAGCCGUCUCCUUCUUCGAUGACGUUACCGUCUUCCUCUUCGACCAGGAGAGCCCCACAGGUGAUUUGGCAGACUACAGCUUUCCACCAGGAGCAGAGGCUAAUAGCCAUCCCUCAGAAGUGCAGACUUCCAAUCAGAGCAACAACAAUGAAAACUCAGAUGAAAACAACACAGAAGAAGAAGGUGGAGCUUUUGAAUGGGAGGAGGACUUUUCUCUGAUAUCCAGCCCCUCCUCAGCAGAGCCUGCUCCAGAUGCUGUGGUGUUGCCACCCAGCCCAUCCUCCAAGGCAGCCGAGGAGAAGCCAGCACCCCAGCUGUCACGCUUCAGCGUCUCCCGCUUCUCCAUAACACACGUGUCUGACUCCGACAUGGACUCAGUUGGAGGUUGCAGUGAAGAUGGAGAGCGGGAGUGAGAGAGCCUGCUUGGCGUGAGGACGUGUUGUCCUCCUACUCCGGGUGUUUUUUUCUUUCCUACACAUGGGGUCAGUUGAAUCCUGAUAAUCCAGUUGCUGACGGUGCCUCAUAUAGUAGAGAAAUGCCAUUUGUGACCCCUAUCCACCAACACUGACAGGUGGAGGUAGAACUGACAUAGUGUAAUGAGGACAGCAGUUAAUACAAACUAUAAAUCUAUAUGUAAGAGAUCAAAAACGUAUCACUUAUUUAUUCUAAAUAUGACAUGUACGCGGAGUAUUACUUCUUUGCACAAUUGACAUUGCAACGUUGACAUUCACUGACAGGUCAACAGGUCAUUUUUUUAAUUAUAUAUGGUAGAAACAAAUUGACAAAUGUUGUGUUGCAUUGCUGCUCCUCAUUGGCUGCCUUCCCAGUACUCACCCGUCUCAUUGGCCAGAUCUUCCAGAGGACUGUUAUUGCCCUCGAUCAUUAGUUUUGCACUGCUUGAGCCAAACAGCGAAAUGCUAUGACGAAGCCACAGAGCUGCUGUGGAGAUCCAAAGAAGAUGACUCACCACAUUCAAGCACUGAGCUGAUCAUUUUGGGUGGUGGAGCAGACAUCUCCUGGAAUAGAUACACCUCCGACACUGACACAGCAAAUCACGAAACGAUCCUAUCACUUACUAACACAUGGGGUGUUUUAGGGUAGGAUGGGGAGGAAAUGGGUCAAAUCUCCUCACACUAGAAUCUCUUAACACAGAACGUUUUAGUUCAGGGGAGAAACUGAAUCAUGAGACGUGUGGAAUUUCAGAACAUGUCUUUUUUUUCAUGUUGUGUGUCAUGUACAUUUCCACACUGCUGCUGGAAAAAUACUGUUAAAAACUAGUCCCCAUUUCCCUGUGUGCUGCUAUCCAUCUCAAAGUUAAAAAAAAGGCAAACAAAAAAAAACGUGUGCACUUUCAGUGUUCAAAUCAAGUGCUAGUUCAUAUGAGGUUCAGAUGGGUUUCUCGUGUCAUGUCCCUUAGCUAUUGAGUGGUCUAAAUAAACACAUGCAUACAUGUUUGUGUCUUAUUGGCGUUCACGUUGCAAUUCAAUUUAAAAUGAUUCUAAUGUAGAGAUGUUGAUCAUGUGAUGUUCACCAACUCUUUUAUCUCACAGUUGGGUUGUGGGUGGGGUGUGUGUGUGUGUGUGUUUGUGUGUGUGAUGUCACCUGCAAUCACUCAGACAAAAGAUGUUGACCAGCACAUCGGUUUAUUAAACAUUGGUGGUUGUUAUCUAGUGAGAGUGUUGAGUUGAUGCCUUGUUCCACUGUUUCUACCCGUCCUCUGCACACAUCCCACUCUCUGCACACGGCCCUCUUGUCUGCUGGGGGCAGCAGUGUGUGUGUGCAUGUCUGUCAGAUCAAGAAGAGGUUCCCGUUUGAAGAGUGGGGUUAAGGGAGAGGCAUUGCCUGGUUCUGUGAGAGGCCGCUAACGAAUGAAUAGGAGUUGUUACUGUUCAAGAGUUUUCUGCAAGUGUUAAACACCCAUCCUGACACAGCAGCACAUAAUGCUAAUUGCUUGUUAUUUAAACAGUACAGUCAUCUGAAUAGCCUACAGUUCAUCCAGUUUACACACAGCUGUCCUGCUGGCCCAGACAGAGUCAAGCUGUGGUUUAUAGGACAGGCUAACCAUGAAUGAUGUAUAUUCAUUGGCCUAACUCAUAUGUAUUAUUUCUAACUCUAAGUAAAUAUAGUUGGGAUUAUGACAUUUUGUGAUUGAAAAUUACAACGUGUAAAAAGAAAUACAAAAUGUAAAAAAAAAUAUGUCUCAUAUAUUCCAUCUCUGAUUAUGAAACGAAACCCUUCUCACCACCCCUCUCCUCGCCCUGCCCUCACUAUCAGUCACCCCUCAGUCUGGGUAAGAUCAUUUUGUUCAUGUUGUUGUUGGUUUUCAAGUGUUUUACAAUGGACAUCCCAUUUCAGACCACAUGAGUUGUUAGUGACAUCAUCUCACAGAUUUGAAGACUGGAUUUUACUACGGCUGCAUGUUCUCCACCUCGGCCCUCCUGCCACAGAAAUGGCGUCACCGUGCCAAAGCCCAAAACGGCCGGGAUUUCUAGGAUAACUGCUUUGCCAUUUCCUCUGCCAUUACGUCACUUUUAUAUUCUGAAAACACGGAGCAGCGUUACUCUCGGUGCUAUUUUUACACCUGAUAAAUUCUCGUAAAAUCAUUAAUGCCGGUUGUCACUUCCAAGGCUGUGACCGCUGGAGAGUCUGUCACCGAGUACUGGCCCCAGAGCUUCCUGUCGAGUGCUGGGGUGAGGAGUGUGAGCGUGCACCUGUAGUAACAUCACCAGUUGUGCUCCAUGCCUCCCAUUGCUGUACUACUCUACAAAUAAACCAGACCAGUUUGUC